AGUGACAUAUUGCGGUCAUUCCGAUUCAGCUGGUAAAUGUUAUUACAUUUGAGUCAAGGCAAAAGAAUAUUUGCAUUAACUGGAUUUCACCGAACAUUAAAAUCUCUAUGUAAUUCUCAAAAUUUGAUAAAAAAUAGACGGAAGUGAAAUGAGGAUUUAUUCUAAUAUGAUGGUACGCAACGUGUGAAAAGCAGUUAGUAUCUAUGUCGCGCAGUAACAUCUAUCAUUUUCGCGUGUUCUGCUUAAUUUUCAACGAUAUAUAUCUCAAUACUCCAAAAAACUCUCGAAUUAUCCUUAUUUUCUUUCACUGUUUAUUGAAUCAUUCAUUGAAAUGAAAUUGAUCGGGCUCAUGUUUUUGCUACCGUUUUGUAGUCAUUUUAGAGCGGCUCCGAUAAAUGUGACCUCUGAGUUAAGUGUGCUCAUUAGAAGAAUAAUAUGGACUGAUUGGAAUCAGUUCAACAUCGAAUUGAAUCCUGAUUCCAUUCUCGACACGCCUGAGAUGGUAAGAAAAGCGGGUUAUCUUGUGGAAUCUUACGUUGUAACGACGGAGGACGGCUAUCUCUUGACGUUACAUCGUAUCCCAGGUGGCAACGAUUCUUUACCCGUGCUGCUGCAGCAUGGUUUUUUAGGCAGCUCCGCUGACUGGCUUGUUCUUGGCAAAGGCAAAGCAUUAGGCACAACCAGUUUUUUCAUAAUGGCAUCAGAGCGCCCGAAAAUCGCUAAAAUGGUGGAAAUGAUGAUCAGUCUCGCGCCAGCAGUUUUUACAGAUUACAUGCAGAGUCCGAUACAAUAUUUGAUCCCUUUCAAAAAUGUGCUUAAGAUGGUGAUGCAAUUGUUCUUUCAUGAUGAAUUCCUCGGUGAUUCUGUAAGAUUUCUUUUGAAAGAUAUCUGCGAUCAGAACAUUGAAUUUUGUUCUAAUAUAAUGUCUAUGAUCUGUGGUGAUGAUCGCGAACAGUUUAACAAUCCGGAGAUGAUAAGAAAAGCUGGAUAUCCCGUGGAAGCUCACGUUAUAAAGACGGAGGACGGUUAUCUCUUGACAUUACAUCGUAUUCCAGGUGGCAACGAUUCUUUACCCGUGCUGCUGUUGCACGGUCUUACAGCCAGCUCCUCUAAGUGGCUUAUUCCUGGCAAAGACAAAGCAUUCCCUUAUUUACUAGCAGAUCAGGAAUACGAUGUUUGGUUGGGGAAUUUUCGUUACUACCAACUCGAAGACACAUAUUUCCCUAUCUCCGUCGAAUCCGACAUUUUGGGAUUUCAGAUUAAAUUUUUCAAUAGCUUUGACGAAAUAGACAUCUAUGAUGUAUCCGCGAUGGUUACAUUUAUUACGAACUUGAGAUCCCAACCAUUGCACACAUGUAUUGGUCAUUCUAUGGGCACAACGUGUUUUUACAUAAUGGCAUCAGAGCGUCCAGAAAUUGCUCGAAUGGUGAAAAUGAUGAUCAACUUCGGACCGGUGGUCUUUCUAAAUCAUAUACAAAGUCCGAUUCUUGGUUCUCAUCAGGAGAAUGAUUAAAAUAAAGUUUUUAAACUGUUAUCUAAAGAAACAAAAAUAAGGUUAACGACGUUAGAAAUAAAUGUUACGGGAUAUAAAAAAAUGUAAGCUACAUAAUGUUAACAUUAAGGAAAUCGGCAUUUUUGAUUAGUUGCUUAAAUCUAAUAAUCGAUUCACAUUAAUACUUGUACUACGAUCAUAUCCCCAUUGCUUACUGCUUAUGUUUUUUAUAUAUUAUUGAUA